AUGUAUCUGGAUCCAUACGGGGGCGAUGAAGAGUUCAGCAAGGAGACGCUACGACAGUUCAUUGCCCAGGUCGGGUGGCAUAGUCUAGAUGUCGAAACAAUGGCACCGGCAGCCGUAUCAACAAUGAUUGGGCGUCUCGCACACAAUAUACGGCAUACCAACCUCGUUUACACGUCUCAGGACGUGUCUAUAGAGAGACUGGCUGGACUCGGGGCUGGCAUCGCUCUCCAGAACCUUGAACUAUCUGUCUAUGCUGCUGCCUGGGCAACAACUCUCCUGGACCCGGAUGCUUUUGUUGACGUGACAUCGCAUUUCGCACUACGAUUCAACUCAUUGCGCUUCGAUGACGCCUGGAUUGUGGAAAAUAUUUACAUUACUCGGCCGCAACCGCAUGGCGAUGUAUUUCUUGCUGCUCCAAACCCAGAAUAUAUCCUUCGCCUCAUUCGCCGGGCAGAUGAGCAGCGCCCUGUGCUACGUGACUCACAGAUGAAUCUGGAGUACAAGAUCGGCAAUGUUGUCCGGCAUGGCAGAUACGGCUUUGUUGGGGUUGUGACUGACGGGGAGAUGGCUCAGGGGUCAGUCCUCUAUUACAGGCUAUUGACUCCCCCAAACAUGCAAGGAACCUUUUCCUUGGUCAAGGCCUCAAGCCUUGAACUCGUGCGCGAUCCUGAAGAGGCAGAAGCGGCAUUGUUCCCCGACACUGGAUUAUUCUUCAAGCGAUUUGACAGAGAAAGGUGCACCUUCAUCCCUUCCAACAACGAGGUGGUCUACACGCCAGUGUAA